AUUGAAUGAAUUGAUAUGAGUCUCGACUCGUCUGCCACAUCAUCAUUGGUUUGCCGAUUGAUUUCGUGAGUUGUCUAUUGAUGUGAGCCCUCACUCACAGCAAAACAAUAUGGGAACCAAAUUGUGGCUAAUCUUGUCGGUCAUGUCUGUCAUGACAUCGCUGUCAUCACAAGUGGUAACAUUUACCACAAAAGAGCCCUUUUUCAAGCCGUUCUUCACGACCAAAGACCCCCACGAUUUGUUUGACACAAACAAGUUGUUCACUACAAAGGCACCCAAUAAAGAGCAUAAACAGGAUAAACAGGACAAACAUCAUAACAACACAUAUCCCGGUGCCGGACAGUUGGAAGUUUUGAAUCCCAAUUACAAUGUGCCCCAUAACUCGUAUAACUCGUAUAACCCGUAUAACCCUAAUAACUCGCCCCCUAAUAACACCUACGCUCAGAGGCCCCGUCCUGUUUCACGACCUUAUGGUGGCGGUGGUUAUGGUGGACAGGUAGGUCAUGGAAAUGGUGGUCAAGGUCAUGGUAAUCAACGAUACGGUAAUAAGCCUUAUACUGAUCCAGGAUAUGAAAUCUAUAGAAGCAUGUACGGCUAUAAAGGUCCCGUUCCCCGUCUCAAUGGCCCGGCAUUCAGAGCGCAGACCCCAUACCAGCCCAGCGGCCGAAACAACACGCCGUCCUAUAUCUCCAACAGCCCAUCCUAUACGCCAAAUAAUCCGCCUCGAAAUGGGAACCGACCGACAGGUCCCUAUGGAAACGUGCCAAACGGUAAUAAUUAUCAAGGUAAUGGUGGUCAUUAUAAUGGUCCGACACAUUAUGGAGGGGAUGCUCCCAUUUACCAUGGCAAUCAAGAGAUACCUAUCUAUGGGGGUAACCCUCAGGUGCCGUACGGACCUAAUGGACCCAUCUAUGAUGGCGGCAACAACUACAUCGAGGCCCACCAUUACGGCACUGACCACUACUCUCAUCCGCCCAUUGAUUACAGCAAAUAUAUUCAACCGCAUCCUUACGGAGAGCUAUCGGAAUACAUGAGUCCCGAAGGGUAUAACCAAUACGCAAAUAUGUUAUACUCAGCACAUAACCUUCCCUACAACGCCCCUCCCAUGCCUUAUCAAUCAAACUAUAGUCAGCCGGGUGGUCCGGGAGGUCCAGGAGGCUAUAAUCCACAGAGAGAGUUCAAAAUGGUUGUAGCGGUAGUUGUUAUUCAGGGUAUGGCACCCAAUUAUAAGUACGGAAUAGCUAUAUACAAUAAUGGUGACAUAACCAAUGGUUGCCAUUCACUUGGAGGACAUUAUAAUCCUGGUAACCAUACUCACGGCAACUUGAACUAUCCCCAAAGUCACGCGGGUGACCUGGGUAGUGUAACAUCGGAUCCCCAGGGAGUUGCGUUUGUUAACAAAAUAGUGAAACAACGGUUUUCUAUAGAGGACAGCAAUCCAAUUGCCGGCCGAUCCGUAGGUAUUUGCAAGAAUCCCGAUGACUACGGACGGGGAGGUACUUAUGCCAGUUUGAGGGACGGUAACUGCGGGGAACUGAUUGCCUGCGGUAUCAUUGGUUACGCCAAUAAGGAGAGCCCCUCCACCAGUUACUCACAUACUGGUGGACACUAUAAGAAAUAAUAGAAAUGCGAUUAAUAUUAUCCGAUAAGAGUGUAUAAUAUUGAAUAAAUGUCAACACAUUUUCAUUGUUGCGUUUACACUAAUGUUUUAUUGUAGUAGUACCCAGAAUCUUUUUUCCCAUUUUUCCGCUUUUGUUUUGAUUUGUUUUAUUAAUUAAUUUGUAAUUAAUUUCAGUACUGAUCAAAACUUCAAAAUUAAUACAAU